AUGAGUUCAUCUUCCAAGAAGUCGACUCACUCGGGAUCGUCGACCUCUUCGAGUGCUUCGAAACUGGACUACUUGAAGAAGUACAUGGCGAAGGGCGGGUCAGACAGCGGCGGAACAUCGGGGAAGAAGAAGAGGAAAGGCCCCGGGGCCUCCGAGGGGAGCCGGGAAACGGGGUUUCGCCUCAACGACGCUUCGGAGGAGGUCGAUGUCAGGGCGCCUGCUCGAAGGCGUCCUGGGGGCUCUCUAGCCUUCAACGCCGCCCAGUUUGGGCGCGUCCUUCGCCCUACAGUUGCAGGGAACGGCAAGGCGUAUGCGUACCAGCUGGAGGAAGGUUUCGACUCCGAGGGGUCUGACGAACACCAGGACAAGGAGGACAUCGUCGUCGUCGACGCAGACGGCCGAAACGUGGCUCUGAAUGAACUGCAGGCGAAGCGCGUGCAUGCAAUUGUGCGAGACCAAGAGGCUAGGGAAAUGGGCCUCCCUCGUGACAGCGGCGCUCGGGGCGGGGGCGUCCUCAACCUAGCCGAGAGGAGACGGGAAGAUGCAGGACCAAGCAGACACGAAGACAGCGACUGGGACGACAGGGGCGCUUCCAGGAAGAAGCCUGCUUCGGACGUAGGCGAGGAAGUGGGGAAAGAAAAGGGCAUAGGCGAAUCUGCGAGUUCCACGGUUUCCGGAAUCAAACAAGAAAACGACAUCGACUUGGCGGUCUUCAAUGCACCUUUUGAACGCAGUCAGAAGCCAGGAGUCGAAGGCAAAGGCCCUAAUGAACGCCUCGACGUCGGCGAAGAACGCCCUGACCUGUCGCCACUGCGACGCAGACGCAACGCGGGGGGUUCGUCGGAGGACAGGGAACGCUCGACAGAGAGAUCCCGACAGGACGAGAGAGGAAGCCUAGAACGCGGCGCUCGAGACGCCUUGUCGCUAGCUUCUGGGAAACUGCAUGCGAACGCUUUGUCGACAGAGAGACAGGUCGUCAAGAGGGAAAGAAAGGACAUGUCUCCUCCCAGAAGGUGGCCGCCGGUGAGUGACGGGCUGUCUGCAGAGCGAGAGCGAGAGGAUUUGUCUCCGCCUCGAAGAAGGGGAACCAGCAGAGAAGAAGGCAACUCGGGUUCUCCAGGAGAUGUACAGAGGUUAAGGCAGGGAGAAGAUCUCUCGCCGCCUCGACGAAGGCCUACGCCCUCUUCAGUGCCGAGUCAGACAACGCAACUCUCUUGCUCUUCCGCUUUUCUCGACUCUCAUGAGAGACGCAAAUCCCGGUCGCCCGAGCGCCGCACUGACCGGGACCUGUCCCCGCCGCGAAGACGAGAUGGGGGGUCGAGGAAUGAAAUGUCAGGGCGAGAAAGCGACAGCGACAAACGAGGCCGAGAGGAGGUGCAGCGACGGAGUGAGUCUAGAGGCUCAAAGUCCACGGGGCUCUUAACACUCGACGACUACAGGGCGUCGGGUAUAGGGACAGAGAAGGAGCCAAGCCUUCUCACAAAAGACAAGCUCGCUCGGGAAGUCGUUCGCCAAGUGGUGUACCGUGACAGACAGGGUCGGAUCAUCACUGAGGAGGAGUGGCUCGAACUCCAGGAUCAGAAGAGAGGAAAGCGGCGCAAGAAGGAGCGGAGUCCACCACCGGAGCUUGAGUGGGGCAAGGGUCUUGUGCAGAAGGAAGCCCGCGAAAAGCAGGCGCAGGAAGACGCCAAAGUUGCACAGCAGCCGUUGACAAGGUACGACAUUGACGAAGAGUACGACCGAAACCUUCAAGACCGAGCUCGAUGGGAGGAUCCGAUGAACCAGGUCCCUCAGAAAGCUGAUGAGAGUCGGGCGACUCCAGCGGUUCCUGAACAAUCAAAGGGAAAAGAACAUCCCAAGUGCCCCCACGAUGCACCGCGGAACCGUUUUGGCAUCUUACCUGGCUAUCGAUGGGACGGUGUCGUUCGAGGAAACGGGUACGAGGAUCGCCGUCUUAAGGCAAUCAACCGGAAGAAUCUGGAAGCGCGCAUGGCCCACAUGAACAACGUCGCAGACAUGUGA